AUGAUCUAUUUAUUUCUAGAUCCAAAAGUGGAAGGCGAGACGGAUGGUGUCAGAUGUUACUGCAACACGGCACAGUGUGUCAGCACAGGGUACAUGUGUAGGUCAAGAAAGACUGGUGGCUGCUACAGUGAACUGCCCGUGAGAAGACAUCACGCUAGACAUGGCUGCAUUCAACAUCUAGCUGAUACGGAACAGGAAGCGCUAUCCCACUGUCAAGAUACACAAGACAACAGCAUCAACAUCAAAGUCAUCUGCUGUUUUAAGGAUCUUUGCAAUCACGAAGACAGUCCUUUAGCCAGAGCUCGAUUGAACCUCACUAAUGAUAUAGAAGGCAGUGUGGCGAGCGAGCGUGGUUCAUACAACAGUGAAGUAUGGUUCAAAGCUGCCACAAUAGCUGUUCCCGUGUGUGGCGCCCUCAUACUGUUCCUGCUUGUGGCUGUGGCGGUCAGGUUACUGAGGGCUGAUGCCCAACUACAGGCUGAUAGAAAACUCAGAGGCGGCUAUACAUCCCCACCACAGCACAUUGAUGACGUCAAGAAAGUAUGGGUCGGGAAUUCCCCACUCCUGAUGUCGGGAUGUCUUGUAGUCGAAAGAGCUCAGUUGGUCGCUAGCUGCGACACGCGAUAG